GCUCCGCGCUGGGCUCCGGAGGGGGGCGGCUGCGGGUGGAGGUGCGCUUCUGACAAGCCCGAAAGUCAUUUCCAACCUCAAGUGGACUUUGUUCCAACUAUUGGGGGCGUCGCUCCCCCUCUUCAUGAUCGCCGGCAAACUUCCUCCUCGGCGCUGCUUCUAAUGGAGCCCCACCUGCUCGGACUGCUACUCGGCCUCCUGCUCAGUGGCACCAGGGUCCUCGCCGGCUACCCAAUUUGGUGGUCCCUGGCCCUGGGCCAGCAGUACACAUCUCUGGGCUCCCAGCCUCUGCUCUGCGGCUCCAUCCCAGGCCUGGUCCCCAAGCAAUUGCGCUUCUGCCGCAAUUACAUCGAAAUCAUGCCCAGUGUAGCAGAAGGUGUAAAGCUGGGUAUCCAGGAGUGCCAGCAUCAGUUCCGGGGCCGCCGAUGGAACUGUACCACCAUCGAUGACAGCUUGGCCAUCUUUGGGCCUGUCCUGGACAAAGCCACCCGCGAAUCAGCCUUUGUGCAUGCCAUUGCCUCGGCUGGUGUCGCCUUCGCGGUCACGCGCUCCUGCGCCGAGGGUACCUCCACCAUCUGCGGCUGCGACUCGCAUCAUAAAGGGCCACCUGGAGAAGGCUGGAAGUGGGGCGGCUGCAGUGAGGACGCCGACUUCGGGGUGCUGGUGUCGCGGGAGUUUGCGGAUGCACGGGAAAACAGACCCGAUGCCCGCUCGGCAAUGAACAAGCACAACAACGAGGCAGGCCGCACGACCAUCCUGGACCACAUGCACCUGAAGUGCAAAUGCCAUGGGUUGUCCGGCAGCUGUGAGGUAAAGACCUGCUGGUGGGCCCAGCCCGACUUCCGUGCCAUUGGCGAUUUCCUCAAGGACAAGUACGACAGCGCCUCCGAGAUGGUGGUGGAGAAGCACCGGGAGUCCCGAGGCUGGGUGGAGACUCUGCGGGCCAAGUAUGCGCUCUUCAAGCCCCCCACCGAGAGGGACCUCGUCUAUUAUGAGAACUCCCCCAACUUUUGUGAACCCAACCCAGAGACGGGCUCCUUCGGCACCAGGGACAGGACUUGCAAUGUCACCUCUCAUGGCAUUGACGGCUGCGAUCUGCUGUGCUGUGGCCGCGGCCACAACACGAGGACCGAGAAGCGGAAAGAGAAAUGCCAUUGCGUCUUCCACUGGUGCUGCUACGUCAGCUGCCAAGAGUGCGUUCGCAUCUACGAUGUACACACCUGCAAGUAGGGAGCCAGGGCACUGGGAAGGGGUAGAUUGCGCGGCUGGAUCCAUUCAUCGAAGUCCCAUGGGAAGCAGGAUGUAGACCUGGGCCAGCCUUCGGCACUGGCCGGCAAGAAGCUGCAGUGAUAAAUGACCUGGACCCAGCCGGCCUCGGACGGGAGGCCCCUCCUUUCUCAUCUAACGUUUCUCACCCUGCUCUGGAUGGUGUGUGG